GACCCCCGGAGCCUCCAUCUCCUCCCCCCUCCCCUCCACGGCCCGCAGCCCUCCGGAGCUUCCGUCCCGCGAUGAAACAGACUCUGGGCGAACUGAUGAGGAUGAACAGGAUAUGCCGGAUGGUUUUCGCCACUUGUUUGGGAUCCUUUAUUCUGGUCAUCUUUUAUUUCCAGAGUAUGUUCCAGCCAGUCAUGAGGAGGAACCCCUUCAUGGUGGACGGCUGCUGUAGGAAAGGCUCCCGCAACGCCCUGCAGGAGCUCUACAACCCCACACAGCCGGAGCUGUCCGGAGCGGCCGUCCUCCACCAGGCCCGGAGGGACCAGGUCCUGGACGUCUGCCGGGUCAACAGCGCGUCCAGCCGGAAGCGGAGGGUCCUCACGCUGGGGGACCUCAGGCACCUGGUGGUGGACGAGGACCACGAACUCAUCUACUGCUACGUCCCCAAGGUGGCCUGUACCAACUGGAAACGGGUCAUGAUGGUGCUCACGGGAAGAGGCAAAUACAGCGAUCCCAUGGAAAUCCCGUCCAACGAGGCCCACGUUCCCUCCAACCUGAAGACGCUGAACCAGUACAGCAUCCCGGAGAUCAACCACCGCCUCAAGAACUACCUCAAGUUCCUGUUCGUGCGCGAGCCCUUCGAGAGGCUGGUCUCCGCCUACCGCAACAAGUUCACCCUCAAGUACAACUCGUCCUUCCACAAGCGCUUCGGCACCCGCAUCGUCCGGCGCUACCGCAAGAACGCCACGCAGGACGCCCUGCUCAACGGCGCCGACGUCAAGUUCAAGGAGUUCGCCGAGUACCUGGUGGACCCGGCCACGCAGCGCGACCGCCCGCUCAACGAGCACUGGCAGACCGUCCACCAGCUGUGCCACCCCUGCCACAUCCACUACGACAUGGUGGGCAAGUACGAGACGCUGGAGGAGGACGCCAACUACGUCCUGCGGCUGGUGGGCGUCGGCGACUCCUUGCGCUUCCCGACCUUCGCCAAGUCCACCCGCACGACGGACGCCAUGACGGCUCAGUUCUUCAGCAAUAUCAGCACCGAGCAGCAGAUCCAGCUCUACCAGCUCUACAAGUUGGACUUCCUGAUGUUCAACUACUCGCUUCCCAGCUACCUGCGCCUGGACUAGCGCCGCCGGCCCCGGGACCGCCGCUUUUCAGAGACAGGCAACACAAACAGGCCGAGGGCAGAGUUUUAUGGAAGCAAACUUGAUUUUAAAAACUGUCGUCCUACCUUACAGGCGUGGCGUCUGAAAUCGAUAUUUAAGCCGCCGCCACGCGACUCGGGGGUGCAGCGGGCGGACGUCCAGGCGGGAGGCGCGGAGGGUUUUCCCCCGGGAUAACCGGACUGAGAGCAUGCGGACUGAAGUGUGUGGGUGAAGCAGGUCUUCAAGGCGUUUGAGAAGGGGGGAGGUUAUCCUGCAGGGGAUUCUCCUGACGGCGUUCCCGACACGUUUCAACAAACUGCUGACAAAUUAGGCCGCUUCAGAUUCUGCAAAAGCCUUGCACGCGCCCUGACCCCCCUCACCCGACCCCCCUCCACCAGUGCAUAGUGGGAGCUGAGCUUACCUCCCCCUCCGCCCGCGAUCGAUAGAGAAACUCCGUCAAAUUGUAAAGCACGCCCUUCACCGCGGCGUUAGCGCCCACCGCCCUCGCCCUCAUCACAUUCAUACGUUUCGGGGGACGUCGGUUCAAGGAUGACCUGGAACUGAUGGCUACUGAGGAGCCGUCGCCCCCGGCUAAUGGCUUCGACGCCGGCGAGUUGCCGUUGGAUUGUCGGCAGGUUGAACCGCCCAUGGACUCCCGCCGCAGCGUGGAAGUGCUUAAAAAAAAACAAAACAUCAUGGCCUGUAACACCAACCAUCCUUAACACUGAGCUCCGGGACGUGGACAGGAAGGUACGAGGCGCGGGACAGACGCGCCGAGGCCGCCGUGGAGUGAAGAGACGGCCUGCGGGGCUGUGGACGGGUUCCAGGCUCUGGACCUCAUGACCACCAGGCCCCCCCCCCCGUGAGGGGCCAGCGGACACGCCCACCAGGCCCCUACUCCAAUAACCAAACAUGUUUUCCAGUAAAUUAUCCUUUUGUCUUCAUGUUUAUGUUAUUGUCUGAUGAAUAAUUGCUGCGAGCAGCAAUGACUAAAGAUUAUUUAAAUGGGUUUGUUGGUUAAACUAAGAGAGAAAGAUUUAAUAUUUUGGGUUUUUUGUUGUUUUGUGUUUCUUCCUGGGCCGAUGAACAACACUUUCACAUCAUCAUGCUGGUUUCUUUCUUCACGGUUUGCCUCUGAAACGUCAUCAGUACGUCACAGCAUCUCUCAUCUCUAACGCUGAGUGCUCCGCCGGCUUCGUCCCUCUGUGCCUCAGAUUUACGCUUUCUGGGUUAUUUUCACAUUUGGUGCCAGAAGCAGCCACAGCAAAAGACAGGACACUCUACUGACUCUAUUCCCACCUGCGAUCAGACUGUUUAACCCUCUUUAAAAUGCUUUCAGCUACUGAAAAUUUGCACAUUUUCUUCCAAAAGCUUUACAGUUCGGUAGUAAAGGAAAAACACUUUGGGCCAUUUUAUGUCACACAGCAGGAGCUUCAAGCAUAGAUAAAUGGCCACAGAUAUAUGUUUAUGGCUACUAGCAUUAGCGCCUCCACACAACAGCCUCCUCGGUGUGAUUUUCAGGAUGAUGGUUCCUGUUCAAGGCUAACGUCGUCUCAGAGGGAACGAUCGAGGACACUAUAGACAGAAAUAUUUCACUUUACAUCCCUCAUUCUUUCAAAAAGAUCUUUUCUUUUUUAAUCCUCUCGUCCUCUGACUAGACGGAGUAUUCAGAGUCCUUGUAAAGUAAAUUCAGAUGGUAAUUUGUGAAUAAAAUUCAUUUCAUUUCAAUGUGGAUGAGGAGAUAUCGAUAUGAGACAUUUCCUCCUCUAAGGUCACAGAGGUAGAGAGAAGAGCUUUCCGAUGAGACAAAUUGAUUUUUCCUCAUUAUUUUCUGUAAGAAUACAUAAGAAAAAAAACUUAUAUAAGAGGCUCUCGUUGUCGUUCCACACAAAUCCCUCCAGAGGUUUCCUACUGGUUCUCCUGAUCGAUCAAUUCAACCAGAAAAUAUCAAAAACAGCGACAAACCAGCGGAAGCUCCCAAACUUUUAAUGAGUUUUAUUGAAGGCACUUCUUGGACAGUGGUGCUGAGUUGCAUGUAGACAAACAUUUCCGGUAAUUCAGUGAGAAACUGAUGAUUUGUUGAAGCUGUAAACAGUGAGAUGGGUGUGAUUUGGGUCUGAAUGAGGCUCCUGGUGUGGAAGCAGCUCAGUGUGUCUCUGAGAUGUGGUAUUUAAACAGCAGACGCCUGUUAGAUGGUUUAUAACUCAAUAAUCUGAUGUGAAGAGCUCAGUGCAGACUCGGCAUUACAGCUUUAGAGUUGUUAAAUUUGGGCUGAAACAGUCUCGUGUUGUGUUAAAUGAAGUCGGGCAGUGAGAUGCUAGCAUGACUGGAAGAGCUCAGAUUCUGUACAUAAAUAGUUUUUGUCCUUCAGGGACCUGUUCUGGAGGCUGCAGACCUUUUCUCUCUUCAGUAUUUUCCUGUGUGAGGGUUCUACUGAGAGAGCCGCUGUGUUUUCCUCGUGCUGCUCAGACAUCUGGCUCUAACAGGGAGCAGAAGCUACCGGCCCGGCCUGCAGCCCCACCGAACAAUAGCUGUAUUCUCAGCAGGACGCCGCAUUAGCGCUCCCGCUGAUGUUAGCGCCGCGCGGCGUCUUACUCAGCACUUCCUGGCGGAGGCCCGGGCGCCCGGCGCUCCGGGCGCCGCGCCUCGCUUUAAACUGCUCGUUUAGCCCAGAAAGGAAGACGAAGGAGACACAGAGGAGCUCUCAGCCGUCCUCGUCCUCCUCGCUCCGGAGGAGUCCCUGUCGGAGAGGGCGGCUGAGGUCAGCACACAAAACCUGGUGGAAGGAAAUAGACUGAGACGGAAGAAAGAAUCUCCGCUGGCCGCCGACAGAACCAGGGCCCCUCAGUUUGGUCUUAUUCUAACUGGACCUUCAGUGUGAGGUCUGGUCACCCAGUUGUCCCACCACCCGGUUCCCCACGACUCUGCGUGGUCGUCCAGUCGCCCUGCUUCCCGUUCGUCCCGCCGCUCUGUCGUCUCAUCCCGUUUCCUGUGUUAGCCUAUUUAUUUAUCAACGACGUCCACUUUUGGACUGAACUGCUCAUAAAAAUGUUAUUUUUUCGCCAGAGCGAUUUAAUUUGUGUUUCCUGUUAUUUUUUGAAUUCCUACGACUCUGUAUGACGUGUGUGUGACAUAUGUUGAAAGUGACAGUUGAUCAGUGGACAAAAAAUGCUUUCUUGUUGAGUUUAAGUUAGCCAUUAGCACGUUAGCAUAGGUUAGCUUAGCUCAGCUCAGCAAAGAGAACGGAAACAUGAGGAACAAACAAGCUAACUCUGAUCAAAAAUGUACUUUUGGGAUAAAGGGGAAUGACAGAUUGCCAAUGCUACCAUGCUCAGAUCGGGCAGGUAAAAGAACUUUUUUCACAAUUAGCUUGUUAGCAUUGGAUAAUUAGCAAAAAGCACAAGGGAAGGUGAAGCUACUGACCCACUGAGGUACAGAACAUCCAAAUAAAAACAUUUUGAUCCGACAAUCUACCAGGCAGAAGGAUUUUAAAUUAUUAGGAGAUCCUUACUUUGAUCUCUCUGCCAGCACAUGCUAUUUUACGAUGUAGUUUUUUCCAUAGCUAUGCUAAGCUAUGCUAACUUUCUGCAGUAUCUGUAACAUGGAGGACCGUAUCGAGUGUGGUGUCAAUCUUCUUGGCUAAAGCUCAACAACAACGCGACGGGGUUCAUUCUCCACCUUGAGUUCUGUUUGAAGUCGUAGCUGAACCAGCGCAGCAGACCUGGUUAUUUAUGGCGCCAGACACAACAUUCAGCACUAUAUGUGACCCAGAAAACCGUCUCGAAUUUCACAUCGUGAGCACAGAGGGACGAAGUCGGCCAUGUUUUUUUUUUUUUUUAUCUCUCUGCCUGUUUCAUGUGGGAUAUUUCUGCCGUCCCGCUGCGGGACUCUUUUGUACAGUGUAGACAUGGUGUCAUUCAUCCUGCUGUUGUUUUUGAUGCUGUCAUGUUUGGAUGUGAUAAUGAAUGAUGACCACACACACACACACACACACACACACACACACACACACACACUCACAUUCAUUGUAUCCAGAGACACUGAGCCUCCUUCUCGGUCUGCUCUUCACAUCAGUGUAAUUAUAGGAAGACGAGGACCGGUGGGACUGAUAUUUACUUUAAAUCUUCAGGAGGAAUCCUGAGAUUAUCCUCAACAAUGUAAGAUAAACCCCCUGGGAGGUGCUGGGGUUUUAAUUCAUAUAAGUUUACAGUUGAUUCUUCAGUCUGAACCUUUAUUUCAGCCAAUAUUAUCACACAGCUUCAGAUCGACUUGAGAAACACAGUUAACGCCUGGAAGAAUGUGUUUCUUUCACCAUUCACACUCUGGAAAUCCAUUUCUCACACACACACACACACACACACACACACACACACACACACACACACACACACACACACACACACACACACACACACUGAUGUGGAUGAAUGUUCUCCAACACGAUGAACCCAGUGGCAUGUCUGAGGGAGAAAUCCUUCUGCAGUGGUCAUGAGCUGAUAGUUCAGUGUUUCUGUCCACUGAUCCGGUCGGUUCCCAGCUUUCCUUUCCCCGGGAGUUCGUCCAGAAAUGAACCCAGAACAUUACAGUGGCAGCAGACAAGAGCAGGAUCCUUCAAAAUAAAAGCAUUUGGAAGAUUACAAGUGUGUUCUGGAUUCCAGAAAGUG